AUAAAAUAACAAAAAAACCUCUUCUUCUACCCUUUAUCUCUUUUUCUUUUUUCUCUUCGCUUUCCUUUCCCCUUUGUCCUUUCCUUUCAUCCAUUCAUCCUUUCCUUCCUUCCUUCCUUCCUUCUCUCCUUCCUUCCUUCCUUCCUUCCUUCCUUCCUUCCUUCCUCUUCAUUUCUCCUCAUCGCUGACUCUCUUUUUGCUUACAUCAUUGAUCCUGUCACAAGCUCACUUUUCCUGACCUCCCCCUUGUCACUCCUCUCUUUCUCCCCGCCUUGUCUUUCUCUUUCUAGUUCAUUAACCCUGUCUUUAUAUCCUUCCUCUCAAAUCACAUCUUGCUCUUUUCUCCUAUCCGUUGCAUUUUCUUUUUUCUUCACUCUCUAACCGCCACUCUAUCACAUUUAAUGGCCGGUCCCACCAUGUCAGCCUCUCAUAUUAUCCAUCGCGGACGUAGCGUCUUCUCAAAGCUCAACAAGAAAUACAGGCUCCCUGUCUCCACUGUCUCCUCUGCUAGUGGUGCACCUAUUUGCUCUUCGUCCUCUUCCUCUCUAUGUCCCUUCUCAACCACUUCUUCCUGCGAUUCAUUCUCAAAAGCAAAUGCACCUUUGGCAGAUACUUCGGUUGCUUCUGCAGUUAUUCAGGAUCCUCAGGAUGCUGCCCGGGCUCAACGCCUUUUUGAGCUUGCUCAGCAGUUGCUCUUUGGCCGUCACGGCCACACAAAGGACGAAGCUGCGGCUGUCGAAUAUUACCGUAUGGCUGUGCAACUCGGUCAUUUGGAGGCGCAGGGCGCUCUCGCUUUUUGUUACGAAUUCGGCCUAGGAAUCCAAGCGGAUUUCGUAGAGUCUGAACGCCUUUACAUCCUCGCUGCGGAACGAGGCAAUGGUCUUGCCAUGUCUCGCCUUGCUUUCUUGCGCAAGUAUGGCCGUCCAUCUGUCAAGAUCGAUCGUAUCGAGUCCGAGUACUGGCAGCAAAAGAUCAACCAACAAGGCCCCUCCGCCUUGACCUGGCUCAUGGAAGCUGCCUCUGUCGAUAACCACGACUGCUGUCAGUAUGCUCUCGGUGUCUGCUUCCAUGAUGGUGUCGGAGUCGAGAAAAAUGCAACUGAAGCUUUUUGCUGGUACCAAAAGUCUGCUGAACAAGGUAAUGCACGUGGCCAAGGUAUCCUUGGCUAUUGCUAUGGCGAGGGCUUUGGUGUGGAGCGCGACCGUCAUAAGGCCAUGUACUGGUAUCGCAUUGCUGCUGAACAGGGCGAGUCCGUAGCCUUGUAUAACAUCGGAUACUGUUAUGAAGAUGGUCUCGGGGUCGACCGUGACCCUUAUGAGGCCGUCAAGUGGUAUCGUCGUUCCGCCGAGCUCGGCAAUGCUUUUGCUCAAAACUCACUCGGAUAUUGCUAUGAGGAUGGCGUCGGGAUCGAACAAAACCUGGAGCUCGCAGCAGAAUGGUAUACAAAAUCAGCAGAGCAGGGUUACCCCUGGGCAGAGUGCAAUCUCGGAUACUGCAAUCAGAACGGUAUCGGUGUGCCUAAGGAUGAUGCCAAGGGCGCAUACUGGUAUCGUAAGGCUGCUUUACAGGGACAUGCACGUGCUCAACACAAUCUCGGAUUCUGUUACCAGAACGGCAUCGGUGUUCCUAAGGACCCUGUCGAGGCCGUCAAGUGGUACAUGAAGUCUGCAGAACGCGGUAACAUCUUUGCGUUCCAUUCACUUGGAUAUUGCUAUCAGAACGGAAUUGGUGUUCAGCAAAACCUUGAUGAAGCCGUAUACUGGUACUAUCUCUCCGCUGAGGAGAACCAUGCGCCUGCUCAACUCUCUCUCGGUUAUUGCUUCCGUAAUGGGGUCGGUGUGCCCAAGGAGCCUAAGGAGGCUGUCAAGUGGUUCUAUCGUUCUGCCAUUCAAGGAAACGCGCUUGCUCAAAACUCUCUUGGAUUCUGCUAUGAAGAAGGUCUCGGUGUUGAAAAGGAUCGCAAAAAGGCUGUGUUUUGGUAUGAAAAAUCAGCAGCACAAAACAAUCCUUGGGCUCAGUGCAACCUUGGCUUUUGUUAUGCCAACGAGAUCGGUGUGGACCAGAACUAUGAAAUGGCAGUCAAGUAUUAUUCUUUGGCGGCCGCUCAAAACCACGCUCGUGCUCAAGACAAGCUAGGCGUAUGCCUACAGCUCGGUCAAGGAAUUGCACAGGAUGUUAAACUUGCUGUCCGUUAUUUCAGACUUGCUGCUGAGCAGGGCCAUUUGGCAGGACAAUACCAUCUCGCCAAUGCUUUGGAAAAGGGCUUGGGAUGCGAUGUCGAUCUUGAGGAGGCAUCUAUGUGGUUCGAGCGUGCUGCAGCAAACGGAUGCAGGACUUCACAUGAGCGACUUCAGCGUUUGUUAGCACGCGCAUGUCUCCAGAAUGGCCUGGAAAGCAACUAUAACGGGCUAUUCCUUGGUGCUAUUGGACACUGUGCCCCUGCAGCAUAAUUUAUUGAUCCUGUUUCUAUGUUUCUAUUGUGUAUUCCCAGGGCUAUGAAACCCCAAGCUCUUCAUGCGUCAUAUUCCAUUUCUUGCAUUCUUUCC